CGGAGCGGAACGAAGGUCACGCGGGGCUUUCAGGCGGGCGACUCGCCUGCGUGUGGCCGCGGUCACGUGUGAUUUAUGUCGAGGAUGGCUCACUUGCGCAGACUGAUUCACGUGGAUGAUUCACAAGUAGGGAAUGCGGCUGCCCCGUGCCCAGGCCUGGCUGAGAGGGGGAAGGGGUCUCGGGGCAAGUUGGGGAGUGGGCGGACCAGGGCCCCAGGGGCUCAGCGGCCCCUACCCGGGAGCAGGGCAGUGUCCCAGUCACACAGGUGUCACCUGCUCCUCGUCUCCCUCUCAGCGCCUGGUCCCUCCCUUCCCAGUGGGACGCGGGCUCCUGAUAUCCAUCUGGGUGAGCCCUGUCCUGCCAGCCAGAGAGACCGGCUGUGCCAGAGGCAAGCAAACAACUAUUAGGGUGGGGAGAGGGAGCCCGCAGUGAGCCGGGACAGAGCCCGGGAGCUUCGCGGGAGAGAGGCGGGCGAGCCCCAGAGCAUCCCAGAGAGAGCGGGGCCUUCCCUGGGAGGCCUACCUGCCCGGGCCGAGCCCCCCACUCAGGAGCUCCGCAGGCCGACGGCUCAGCCCCGCCCCGCGCCCCGGCCCCCCUGCGCCAAGGCGGGCUGCUGCUUUGGCCACCGCUGCGGGGGCAGCCCUCUUUCCUUCCCGCCAUGGCCGUGUACCGCGUGUGUGUGACCACGGGUCCCUACCUGAGGGCCGGCACGCUGGACAACAUCUCUGUCACUCUGGUGGGCACUUGUGGUGAGAGCCCCAAGCAGCUGCUGGAUCGCUUGGGCAGGGACUUCGCCCCUGGAUCUGUGCAGAAGUACAAGGUGCGCUGCUCAGCGGAGCUGGGCGAGGUCUUGCUGCUGCGUCUACACAAGGAGCGCUACGCUUUCUUCCCCAAGGACUCUUGGUACUGCAGCUGUGUCUGCGUCACGGCCCCCGAUGGCACCCAUUCCCACUUCCCCUGCUAUCAGUGGAUUGAGGGCUACUGCACCCUAGAGCUGCGACCAGGAGCAGCAAAAACUAUUUGUCAGGACUCCCUUCCCCUUCUUCUGGACCACAGGAAACGGGAACUCCAGGGCCGACAGGAAUGUUACCGCUGGAAAGUUUACGCCCCCGGCUUCCCCGGCAUGAUAGACGUCAGCAGCUUUGAGGAGAUGGAGACAGACAAGAAGUUUGCCUUGACCAAGAUGAUGCCUCGGGCAGACCCAGGGGACAGCAGUGGGAAUCGGCACCUGCCUGGCUUCACCAUGAAGAUUGACUUCCCGUCCCUGAUGCACAUGGAACCCAACAUUCGCUACUCAGCCACCAAGACGGCCUCCCUGCUCUUCAACGCCAUCCCUGCGUCCUUGGGCAUGAAGCUCCGCGGGCUGCUGGACCGCAAGGGCUCCUGGAAGAAGCUGGAUGACAUCCGGAAUAUCUUCUGGUGCCACAAGACGGUGAUUUCAGAGUACGUUACGGAGCAUUGGUGCGAGGACCCCUUCUUCGGGUACCAGUACCUGAACGGUGUCAAUCCCGUCAUGCUCCACUGCCUCUCCAGCUUGCCCAGCAAGCUGCCCAUCACCAAUGACAUGGUGGCCCCUUUGCUGGGACCCAACACCUGCCUGCAGACGGAACUAGAGAGGGGCAACCUCUUCCUAGCCGACUACUGGAUCCUGGCGGAGGCCCCAGUCCACUGCCUCAACGACCGCCCCCAGUACGUGGCCGCCCCGCUCUGCCUGCUGUGGCUCAACCCGCAGGGGGCGCUGGUGCCCCUGGCCAUCCAGCUCAGCCAGACCCCCGGGCCGGACAGCCCCAUCUUUCUGCCCACUGACUCUUACUGGGACUGGCUGCUGGCCAAGACGUGGGUGCGCAACUCCGAGUUCCUGGUGCACGAGAACAACACACACUUUCUGUGCACGCAUUUGCUGUGCGAGGCCUUCGCCAUGGCCACGCUGCGUCAGCUGCCGCUCUGCCAUCCUAUCUACAAGCUCCUGCUCCCGCACACUCGCUACACGCUGCAGGUGAACACCAUCGCGCGGGCCACGCUGCUCAACCCCGAGGGCCUUGUGGACAAGGUCACCUCGGUCGGGAGGCAAGGCCUCCUCUACCUCAUGAGCACCGCUCUGGCCCACUUCACCUACACCGAUUUCUGCCUUCCGGACAGCGUGCGGGCCCGCGGCGUCCUGGCCAUCCCCAACUACCAUUACCGGGACGACGGCCUGAAGAUCUGGGCGGCCAUUGAGAGCUUUGUCUCCGAAAUCGUGGGCUACUAUUAUCCCAGCGAUGCAUCUGUGCAGCAGGACUCGGAGCUGCAGGCUUGGGUCGGCGAGAUUUUUGCUUGGGCGUUCCUGGGCCGGGAAAGCUCAGGCUUCCCACGCUGGCUGUGCACUCCAGGAGAGCUGGUGAAGUUCCUCACUGCAAUCAUCUUCAACUGCUCCGCCCAGCACGCCGCUGUCAACAGUGGGCAGCAUGACUUUGGGGCCUGGAUGCCCAAUACCCCGUCAUCCAUGAGGCAGCCCCCACCCCAGACCAAGGGGACCGCCACCCUGAAGAGUUACCUAGACACCCUCCCAGAAGUGAAUAUCACCUGUAACAACCUUCUCCUCUUCUGGUUGGUCAGCCAGGAGCCCAAAGACCAGCGGCCCCUGGGCACCUACCCGGAUGAGCACUUCACAGAGGAGGCCCCUCGGCGGAGCAUCGCCGCCUUCCAGAACCGCCUGGCCCAGAUUUCACGGGAGAUCCGGGAGCGGAACCAGGGUCUGGAGCUGCCCUACACCUACCUGGACCCUCCCCUCAUCGAGAACAGCGUCUCCAUUUGACCCCCUCCUCCUACUGCCCUGGAAAAAGGCUCCAGCUCGAGGACAUGAGGAGGGACGGCAUGUCAGGGCCCCCCUCUGUUCCCACUCAGCUGGAGCCUUCUCUGCAGCUGGGGACUUUCCCCCCCAGGGUGGCUCUAGCCUCCUAUGGGUGGGCCCUGAGCGGUGGGGGACCCGAUCAGCAGCAUCCAGGGUGAGAAGCCACUGCCUAACAUCGAACGCACAGCAGGUCCUUCAAGAGAAAGGAACCCCAUCACCCCUUUCUCUACUUGGGCAGCCUCCUAAUUUCCCUCUCCUGUGAAAACCUACCUCCUCCCAUUGGGAACCCCACAGGGACUCUGAGCUCCCCUUUCCCAUCCUCCCCUGUCCCCAAACUCUUCCUCUUACCUUGUUGCUUUGUUUCCACUUUCCUCCAAGCCUAGGACCAACCAGUCUAACUUCCCUCUUUGGAAGAGCCUGGAAAAUGGGCAAGAAAAGAUGUGUGGCCUGGGUCUGCCCCAUGGUCCCCGUUGACAUCAGCGUCUUUAAAGGGAGGGUUAGGAUUACAGCCCAGCUUCCCUGGACCUCUAGCUGCAGGCCUCAGAGAGCUUGGGUGUGUGGGGGUACCCUCCCCAGCCCUUGUUCUGUCUCCUCCCUCCUGUUUUCCUGUCCUUGAGCCCAAUGAAUGCAAUAAAAUCCAACAUAUUUGGCUCCC